UAGUGACGAAAAAAUUCCGUAGACUUUAAAGUCAUUCAAACGUACAAACACGAAACAUUUGAUUGAAAUUCAUACAUCAUUUGGCAAUUUUCAUCUCAAGAUGGACAAGAUAAUGAUUUGCAUCAUUGGGUCGGGAAACUGGGCAACGACCAUAGCCCGCAAUGUGGGCAGGAACGUGCUGAACUCGCAGACACUGGACGAAAAGGUUCCCAUGUACGUUUAUGAGGAGAUUGUUGAAGGUCGCAAGCUCACGGAAAUCAUCAACACCACCCACGUAAAUUCCAAGUACAUGCCGAACUUUGAACUGCCGCCAAAUAUUGUGGCCGUGGAUGAUAUUGUGACCACGGCUCGAGAUGCGGACAUUAUAAUAUUCGCCAUUCCGCCGACUUUCGUGAGUAGCUGCUGCAAGACGCUGCUCGGAAAAGUCAAGCCCACGGCCCACGCCGUUUCCCUGAUCAAAGGAUUCGAGCGCGGCGACGAUGGCCAGUUCGUCCUGAUUUCCCAGAUUAUAAUGCGGCAGCUAAAGAUUCCCUGCUCCGUCCUGGUGGGCUGUAACUUGGCCCAUGAGCUGGCCCACGACCACUUCGCCGAGGGCACAGUUGGCUGUCGGGAUCAGAAGUAUUACAGGGUGCUCCACGACAUAUUCAAGUCGCCCACGUUCCGCGUGGUGGUCACCGAGGAUGCCGACUGUGUGGAGAUCUGUUCCACUCUAAGGAACAUCAUUGCCUUUGCGGCUGGCUGUUCCGACGGGAUGGAGCUGAAUGAGAACACCAAGGGAGGCAUCAUCAGGAGAGGAUUUCUUGAGAUGCUCCAGUUCGUGGAUGUGUUCUAUCCCGGUUGCCGCAUGGGAACCUUUUUUGAGUCCUGCGGAAUUUCCGAUUUGGUUACUAGUUGUUAUGCAAACCGCAAUCGCAAGUUGGCCGAAGCUUUUGUGAAGACGGGCAAGCCCUUGAGCGAACUGGAGCACAUUCUCAUUCCAGGACACGAGCCACUGGGUCCGGUGACAGCGGAGCUGGUGCAUCAUAUGCUCAAGAAGAAGGGCUUGGAGGACAAAUUCCCCCUCUUUACAACUGUGUACAGGAUCUGCACUGGAGACUAUCCACUGCAGCGCCUGGUUGAAACUCUAAUCAAGGCGCGCGAGGAUAUAUUUCAUCCUCUCCAUACUUUCCAAUUGUGAUGCGGACUCGUCGUUUAAGGUGUAAUAAGUUUUAAAUAGAAACAUAUAAGCAUACAGCACUGAAAAAUGUAUUCUUACUGUUUAGCUGGCUAAAUGGAGCACAUGGGAAUGGGUUUUGUCUGGGAUAUACACUACGCAUAUACACGAUUUGCUCAAACAAAGCCCCUCAACAUUUGUAUUGUGCGUCUUUUCUUGCUGCAGUUCAAGUGCUCCUUUGCGCGGAGAGUGCACUCCAUUGAAUGCACCAACGCUCGCAGCACAAGGAAAAACAACGGAAAUCACUUCAGUCGGGGAUCCGGAUCCGGAUGAAUGGAAAAGAAAGCCGCCCGCUUUUCCAUCUCAUUGUUUUCCAUGGCUCAACUAUAAAUUUAUGUGUGUUUCUCGGUGUCCGGUAGUUAUUUUUUUAUUUUUCUCCUUUCACCAUUGUUUGGCGGCUGAAGUGCUUUCCAAUCGGAAUUGAGGAAAUGGGAGCAACCACUCGAGGACUAGUCGAGAUCUAGAGAUCCAGGAGUUCAUUGAACCAUACAUCAAAUGGAGCACAUGUGUCAAGCCGACAGAUUCGGUCAGUAAGCCAGUACUGCCAGAACCGAUAAGAUCUAUGAUUUUUCAACGAAAAUUUUAUUUUAUUAAAAUGGAGACCAACUUUCGAAAAAAUCUAAAAAAGAAUGCGCACUUCAUCUACUUGCUAGCUGUGGCACCACUUAUAUUACUUUUGCCAUGGAUACUACUAAAGAAACCAGAGGAUGUAGCGCAUUGUGAGGAAAAAACCAGAUUCUGGCACUUGGGAAAGCAUGCGUACAACUUUAUAUUCAAAAACAAUACGCCCCAUGUGGCGCCGAAAGCCAACUUGAAGAAAAUAAUCUGGGACUUCAUGAAGAGAGUUUACAAAGCUUAGAUUCAUCAACACCCAUACCCAUCGACAUCAUGAAGAGUAUCUCGAACUACGUGCCUCUUGCCGGACUCAAAUUGGGACAACAAGUUAAUCUUUUCGUUCAUAAGUCAAUUUUUAAAUUUAUAUUUAAUAAAUGAUGCAUGCAAUUCA